ACUAUCAUUUUUCAUAUUUCCACAUGAGUACACUGUCUAAAAAAAGAAAAAAAAGGAAAAGAAAUAAAUCAAAAGGCUUGUGAGCUGUUGCUUCAUUUGCACAUCCAAGAGCAGCUUCCUGUUACUUUAUCUGUUGAAGCAGUUUCUCUUCUCAGAAUCAGACGCUGAUUACCCUACUGACUGUAGAGGAGUAAAACCGCUCUGUGGGAACGUUUGAUUCUCUAGAGUUCCUUUAAUAGCAGAUUUUAUAUAGCAAAAUGGCAAAGAUUUUGGGGCAAUUAUAGGCAUUGGUCUGAAAGAGAGAGUCGAGUAUUGAGAAAUAUACUACGGACAAAACUAGCGGGUACACUCAGAAGAUGAGAAAAAACUUGGAAGUGCUUCAGAUCGUAUUUUCAGAACGAUGGAAUCCUACCAAACAGAUCCUGAGAAGCUAACAGAUGAGCACCAAUCAGACUACAGGCUAGUUUUUUUAUUGUAUCUGGGCUGGAAUUAGCCCAAAACUACACAUGGUGGACAAUGAACUACACUGAGAAGUGCCAUGAUGAUCACACCCUGGAUAAGUAUUUGUUUCCAUUUGUGUACAGCAUUGUGAUGGUGAUCAGUAUUCCCAUCAACUGCAUAUUCCUCUAUGUGUCGAGCAUUCAGAUGAGGAAAAAGAACGAGCUGGCAGUCUACCUUUUUAGUCUGUCUCUGGCUGACCUUUUGUACUCUGUGAUUCUGCCUCUGUGGAUUGAGUAUGCGUGGAAUGGAGAUAACUGGACACGCUCUGCCAGGCUUUGCCAGUUUUCUGCCUUCCUUAUGUACAUGAAUUUUUACACCAGCACUGCAUUUCUUGCUUGCAUCUCUCUCGAUAGGUACCUUGCAUUAGUUCACCCCCUGAAGUUCCAGCACUUACGCACAAGAAGAAUUUCACUGACUGUCAGCAUAAUUGUUUGGCUUCUGGAAGGUACCUUUAAUUCAGUUAUACUGAUAAAUAAAGAAGUAUUUCAUGAUCCUUGCAAUUCUACCAAUCAUAUAUUAUGUUAUGAUAAAUACCCCCUGGAAUGGUGGCAAGCACAGCUGAACUUAUUCCGGAUAUGCUCAGGGUACCUUCUUCCUUUGAUAAUCAUUUUGUUUUGCUACCAUAAAAUCUACCAAGCAGUGAGCGGUAAUCAAGCCACAGUAGACGAAGAGAAGAAAAAGGUCAGGAAACUUAUACUGAACAUCACAGUUACUUUCAUUGUUUGUUUCACUCCUUAUCAUGUUGUAUUGCUUAUUAGGAGCAUCAAAGAACCUCAGACCUCUAACCUAGAGAUUUUACAGUCAAUGUAUAAGAUCUACAGAAUCUCACAAGCCUUUACAAGUUUGAAUUGCAUCGCCGAUCCCAUUCUUUACUGCUUUGUGAGUGAAACUGCACGAACAGACAUUCUGAAUUUGCUCAGGUGUUGUCUACAAAAGCGCGAAGGAAACCAACCAGAAGAACAUGCUUUGUGCAGUUCUGCUACAAAGAGCAAUGCACAGGUCACCUACAGAUCUUCCUGUGAAACUGAGACUCUGUAAAACUUCUGUGAGAACAUAGUCAAAGCAAAGGUGGAUAACAAGGAGGAAAAAAAAAUAAACCUUCCCUUGUCUGUAUCAAAGUAAACCCCAAAAUACUUUAAUCUAGGUGAAACCAGAAUAAUAAGAAUAUAUUGCGGAGUCAAUUAAAUCAGAGAGCAUCAUAACAUUUCUUAAAAUCAGGUGUGGUACAUAAAUUGGUGUCAACUAACAGUCAAGAAAAAUGAACGUGACAUACUGACAGAAUUACAGUGGGUCCCCCAAAGAACUUCCUCCUGUCUCAGCUUGCUAGCUAUCCUAUGUCCUCAGUACACCUGUACUCAGCUGGAAGAAGGCUGAAGUCCUUUCAAUCUAGUUUUCAAGUUUUAGCAGAAAUCUAAAGUUCAUCUGAGAAAGAUUCUUCUGUAGGACAAACUGACAGUGUAAUGAUGAUUCCUGCCUUUCUUUAAUGACUCAAAUUCUCCUUCAGCAUGACCUCCUUAAUUAACCUCUUAAAAUUGUUUACCUGAGGUAGACAGUUACUUACCUGCUCUUAUGCAUUUUAGCUUUUGGAAAAUGUAUGUUCUAAUGUAUUAUCUAUCAUAUAGCAUACAGUUUCAUUAAUUCGAUUUCAGACAGUUGAAGAUUCAUUACUUAGAAUGCAUAUAAGGAACCAAUCUCAAGCCGCAGAUAGAUAACUAAGGCAAUGUUUUACCUCAUAUAUGCAGGGAGGAAAUAAUUUAAAGGAUAGGUUUCAUAUCUGCCUGAAAGAAAAGACCUGUUUUCAGUCUAGCUUACUGACUGAAAUCUGGAGUGCAGUUUUGUUUGUAGAGUCAAGGGAGCAAAAAGGUUUAUAUUCAUUUACUUAUUUAACCACAGCUGGAGGCCUCAGCUAGAGUUUCCAGGGCUCUCAGUCAGACUAUUAUAUAAAAAUAAUAAAUCAGUAAGCUGACAAAUAGAACUAACAAGCCAAUAAAGAACAAGGCAAAAAAACAACACAAGUAUUGAAAAGGUUGAAGUUUAGCACAGAUCAAAAAUAGAGCUGCAAUUGCAGGGAGCUGUUCACGUGGCUCACAGAAAGCAAUGGCCGCAUGUUCCAGUGAAAAGAUGGUCAAGAUUCGUCUCCUCUCAAACUUUUCACUUUUGGCCAGUUUUCAGGAAAAAUGCUCAGUUGUGGUGGUUUCCCAUUUUCAGAGAGGAUGAAAAAAUAUUUCCACCAAAAAUAUGUCCCUCUAGCAAGUCUGUAUUGGAAAGAAUUUUGACCAGCAAUUUUUAGCACACAUCCAGGACUGGUAUUAUACUUGGAGGACCAGCAUACUGUGGUCACAGUCAGUAUGGAAAUUCUUAUGACAAGAUCCCUCUGCACAGAAAAUAUCUCCAUUGCAAAGAACCACUUUCAUUCCACUGCUCCCGAUUAUGUGUAUAUUUUUGAUUCAUUUCACAUUCUGAGAAGGGAGCUUGAGAGACUGAGGUCACUGGGAACGUUCAACCUGGAGAAGACUUUGGGGGUCCUAAUGGCAGCCUUGCUAUACCCACAGAGUGUUGAGAAGAUAGAGCCAAGCUUUUCACAGCAGUACAUAACAGAAGGACAAGAAAGUGUACGUAACUCAAAGCAAGAAAAAUCAGAGCUGAUAAAAGUAAAUUUUUUUUAACUAUGAAGACUGUCAAGCAGUGGAUCAUAUGGCACCAAGAGGUCCUGUACUCUCCAUCCUUGCAGAUUUUCUAGAUCAAACUGGACAAAGCCCUGAGCAACCUUGUCUGGCCUCAUAGCAGACCAUACUUGGAGCAGGAAAUAGAACUAGAGACUUUCUUAGGUCCCUUCCAAACAAAAUUACCAUGUGAUGCUAUGAAUUUUUAUAAACAUUUGUGUCAUUAUUCUGGCUACCUUCCUCUUUAAAUAUAUUCCUUUCUCUUCUUUGUUUUUAUCAAUCUUUAUACUGGAUUUUAUUUUGAUGUGCUUUUUUCUUUAAUUCCAUUUUGUGUAUUAUGAAAGAAAAAGUACGCAAACAUCAGUGCAAAUUGCUUCACCACAGAUAUGUCCCUAAGAAUAUAAUGUGUUAUGCAAUAGAAUGAAAUUUCACUGCAGCUCUGGAAUAAAAGCAGAACUUAUAUUCACUGUAGCUUUACAGGGGAAAAAAAAAAAAAAAUCUCAGAAAUUUAUUUCUACACAUUCUACAUGUAAAACAAAACAAACAAACUAACAAACAAAAGUUGGAAAUCUAAAACUGUUGGGAUUUAAGACUUUAUUAAAUAAAGGGUAAUGACAACUAAAGCUAAACAUUUAUUCAAGUUUAACAUGUGUCAGGAAGCAGUCAGAGCUGGCUGCUCUGCAAGGUACAGGGAACCAGGAACCAGAAAGCUCAACAGGGAGCUAUGCAAUCCCACAGCACCCAAGUGAGGUGUGCAGAUAGGAUCUGGUGAUGGUAACCAGCAUCAGCCAGCAGCCCUGGACAAAUCCAUAGCGACUAAGCAUUCUGAGGCAGGGGAAGAGACCAUAGAGUAUGUAUAUUCAAGGUCCUGAGCCUGUUCAAAGAGCUUCUCUUCCACAAAAUUUGGCCCUGUAAUUUUAUACCUUAUAAUUUUCCACCGUUGUUUAUGAAAACCAUAGCUUGGAGCAGUUUUUAUUAUUAUCAUUAUUACUGAUGGAUGUUGUUGUUUGUUUUUUGUUUUUUUGUUUGUUUUUUUUUUUUGUAGCAUCAGUUCUUAUAAUACCUCCCUACCUUACUGAAGAUCCAUUUUGAGAUAAAGGAAAUCAAUAUAUAGCUGGCCCAUGGGCUGGGCUCCAUGAAGGAAUUCAGAUAAAUUAGGGCCCACUUUAGGAAAAUAAAACAUGGAUACCUAAUCUCUUUGGCUGUUAUGAAAUGCUAGCUUUUAUCUGUUCACUGUUUGUUAAAAUGAGGAAUCUGAGAUGUGAAGACUGCAAUGUCCUGUACUUCAAUCAUUUCUGUAUUUACUUCAACACUUUUACAUAUUUUUUGCUUUUACAUUUGCACUCUUUCAUUCUCUCCAGAUUUGUUUGUCCCAGCUCAAACAAAUUUACUGUAUGAAAAUAAACAUCAGUAUUUUUUCAGAAUCUCACAGUGUUACAGGAGAAUAGAUCAGUGAAAAAUAAAUUUCUUCAUGCAGGUUCCAGUUCAUUUACUAUUGUUAUUGAAUAUUUUGUAUAGAACUCCUUGUAGCUCUGAAGAAAAAAUCAGAUGCAAGUUCACAGAAACUCCUUCUAAAGCAAGAACAUUUCUUACACCAAAGAGUUUAUAAAAUCCAAAGAUCUAUUUAAUGGCAAGAAGAAAUACAGGAAUUCAAAUUCCAUUCUUUCCCAACAGACAAGGCCUAAAAUCACUAAUGUAGAACCUUGGCGAGACACUAGUAUCUAUCUCUGUUCUCAAGCUAUUCAAUAAGAAUAAGGAUAAUUAAAGGACUGUAAUGGUAAUUUAUUUAAUAACCAGUGUACAAAAUGUCAGUGCUAAAUGAUAUUGUUUUCAGCACAAUAGCAGCAGAGAUGAAUUUAUACAUCAAUAAUUUACUACAAGCAGAAUCUACCUUCCAGUAGUCCAGCAAAGAUAUAAUACAACUUCUUAAGCUAGAAGUUUCUCAGAGAACUGUGGUGACUGCUGGUGCAAUUUCAGAUUUCAUUCAAGCUGUGUUUCCUAGAAUCAUAGCCACAAGCUGUCUCAUGGCAUUCAUGAUGCAGUUCUUCUCUGAUCCAACUACACAACUUAACAUCAGUCCUGACGCACAGUGGACUUACAGGGACUAGCAGACACUCUCACUUAACAUUUUUCUGAGUCUCUAACACGUCUGGCUUCAGAGCAACCGAGAAAGACAAAGCAAAACUUGAAUUUCAGAUAUAUUCCACUUCCUGUUUCCACUCACAGAGAAUGACAUUUAAAAAUGAUUCUCAUUACUCCACUGACAAGUUUCUGAGACUGUCACUCUUUUAUGCCAGUAAGGAAAGGACUGUAGUGCCAUAGUUUAGCUACAUGCCACUUUUCACAUUGCUUACCAACAUCACCAGUGCUGUUGGUCUAGUUCUCCAGUUUCUAACACAGCAAAGCAGCAUCACCUUCAUUUGCUCCCAGUCUCCACUGAGAAUAGAGAAGAAAAAGGAGUGAAAGUGUUAGAGUACUUGGUACCAGUGCCCUAAGAAAGGGAACUGAAGUGUGGAUUGGCACAUAUUAAGAGUGACUGCUGCAGCCACUGAAAAUGGCCAGGGUUUUCCUUCCGUGAGACAUCAGAUAUCUGUAGUUCCCUGUGAAUGGCAGCCUACUCCUGCCCAGUAUCACCCACUGCACUGUGCCACAUCUGAAAAGCCAUGGCCUAGUAUUGAUAGAGGGUGGGGAAUAACAGGGAAAGUCCUUGUAUAUCUUCUAAAUGUUUCUAUGUUCUUUUUGUACAGCUGCACUAUAAUGCUGUUUUACUGAUAUAAUGCUAGCCUAAAGGAAAGGUUUUUUUCUUCUUUUCAAAUUGACUUUGAGUAUUUUGUUGACAGACAAUACAGACAUCCAGCUCCUUUAAGUGGACUGUGAGAGACCUUGGGAAAAAAAAAAUAUGAAAAGAAAAAAAAACAUCUCUUACAAGCUGUUACUUUAAAUUUACUAUUUUUAGAAACAUAAUUGCUAUAGCAACAACUUCUUGGUUAAAGGUUCAAUACCAGAGACAACAGAUUCUUUUCUUCUUUUUUCCUUCCCUUCUGAACACAAAAUCUGUUGCUAGAUGAAAAACUAAGGUGGUGACAGAUUUGGUAGAACUGCAGUCAGAUAUUGAACUGGGGUCCACUAACAUAUAACUAUACAUAUAAAGAUAACAUUUAGUUUUAUGUCUGUUACAGUGAACCUCAUCAAAGUUUUUACAGUGGUUCUGUAGAUAUCUGGAUGUGGUACAUUGUCCUUCAGAUGACACUGUAGAUCAUUUAUCAUAAGCAAUCAUUUAUUGUCUCUUUCCAAGAGCUGUUGGUAAUAUCCACAAAUGUGCUAUAUUCCAUUUCAGCUGAAGCUUUAUUUUUACUUGUAAAACCAUAACCAUACCUUUUGUUUCUCACCAUUUAAAAGUUUCCUCUCUUUUAACAACAGAUACAUGAAAGUAACGGCUAUAUUUCCUGCCCCAUAUGAAGAAGCAUUAUUUCAAAGUCCUAGCACUUAAGCACAGUUAAGUGGUCUUACAUCCACACUUGGAAGACUUAUUACUGAGGAAAGCAUGGAAUAAAUGUAGGCAGUAGCAUUUAGCAGUUUAAAAUUAGCUCCUUUGGAAAAUGAAAAAUUCAGCUCUGAAGUUUUUUGUUGUUGUUGUUGUUGUUUGGUUUUUGUUUUGUUUUUUUUUAAAAUCCCUUCUACAUCAUUAGUAGAUUCAAAACUUAACUGGCAUAUGCAGCUUUGAAAAUAUCAAGAAACACUUCUCACCAUAACUCUACCAAGGAAAGGGCAAUAAUUUCCGUUAUUUUCAGUCAUGACUUCACCAGAAGUUUUUCAUGUAGUUAUCUGAAAGUUACAAUUCUUGUACCUGAAGGUUCUCAUAGCUUCCCUUAUCUCAGUCUUGAAAUUUUCGCAGAGUCUAUGACUCUUAAAUGCCUAAAUGUAGCAGUGGAGGAAAAGAAUUCUAUAUAAACUACAUUUUAAAUAUCAGCAUUUUAAAUAAAGUCUUGGCACUUUGAUUAAAAUAAGAUUUUUCCUCCUUUUGAAGCUUGAUGUUCUUUUUACUUCUGCACAAUACCAGGAACUAAGCCACAAAAAAGCAUCAGACUAGAAACAAGAGGAAAGUCAUAGAGUGCAGAAGUGAGGACUCAAGAACCCUACAAAGGGGAUUUAACUGGAAGCCUUUACAAAGAUUGCUAACUUGGUCUGUGUAGGUUUAUCUUUGUUUUACACUCAUUUAAAGUGAUUACAGAGACACUAAAAAUGAAACCACUCCCAGAUACUUCUGUGGAUUUCAGCCAACUAUGCAGUUUACCUAUUUUUAGUAUUUCAUUCAGAGAAACUAGGACCAGAGACUCUUCAAAACACAACCCACACAGGAAACAUAAGAUAACCAGUUCAGACACUGAGUGUAGCCCUUUCCUCAAGAACCCUGUCAAUACACUGCAAAGUAAUCAAUUUGUAAUUGCAUAGAGAGGUGAUAGUUAUCCCUAUGCUUGGUACACACUUUCUUGGAAAUUCCUAUUUUCCUGUUCAGCAAAUUAAUUUUGCUUUAUUUGCUCUUGCACAGAACAAAUGUAGCGUCUUCAACCAAAGAAACGUAGCAAAAUACUUCACAAACAUAGUUGGCUCAAUUGUAAUUGCAGUAAAAAGCCUGAAAUGAGAGAUCUGGGAGACUAUCCUCACUAGGUGGCGAUUUUGUUCCGCUUAGUCAGGACUUACUAGAAGAGAAGGGAAAAAAUAAAUAAAUAAAAAAAUCCUUGCUUUAAGAUGUAUUUCUUGCAUAGAAGAAAAAAAGAAAAAAGGCAGUGUGCAAACAGAGCUGGCCCCUAAGUUUCCAGGAAGAGAGGGUGAGCUGUUGUAGUCCUUUCUGAUUCAGCCUUGAGAUGCUGCAAGCUACCAGGUUGUGAAUCACCAGACCUGAGAACUAGAAGUUAAACAUAGAAAUACCACCAUAAAACAAAAAACCUAGAGACCCUACCUGUAAAUUAUGAGCUUCCCGCAAGCCUAGAUUUAUCAUUGAUCAUUUAUUUAUUGCUUAUAAUAAUUUUUUGUAAAAAAACUUCUGUCUUCUUAUUCCUUGCUAUUUACUGUCUGUUUUACAUAGACAGGCAGCAGGUCUCUGUAUUGCUAAACAAAGCAAGAUCUUCCAGUCUGCAGCCUGAUGGGCCCCUCAUUCCUGUGCCCAUCCCACCAUACUUCUUCAUAUGUCCUUCACGUGCUGCACUCCUGGGACUGGCACCAGUUCCAAGGCCUCACCUGUGCUCAGUCAGAGCUGCUGAAAGGCUUCCCUAUGUCUUCCAAACCUCCCUAUCUUAUAUAUGGUACAACAAAGCAUAUAAUGCAUUUCACUGGACAUUAACACUUCUCCUUUACCAGCCAGUUCUUCUCGUCAACCAUUUAUAGCAGAUGAGCUCCAGGGGCAGCAGCUCUCUUACUAUCAACCUCGAAGUAUAUAUUGUUUUACUGAAGGACCUCUGAAACAGAUUCAUACUUUACCCACAUUACAAUUACGUGUUUCUUCACAGGUGCUCACUUCACUGAAGUACAAUUAAUCAUUUUCCUCUGUUUCCUCAGUGGUCAGACCUUCCAAGUGCUGCACUAGAAUCAUGUUCUUCCACAACAUUCCUCCAGUCUCUGCAGCAUCUAAUUUCACAUCCCGGGCAGUACCUGCUCUCCCAAGGAGCUCACAUUAAAAUAAAGCUUUUCAGAUGCUCCAAACACCUGCUUACAAGGACAAUUGGGCCUCCUCAUUCUAUUAGCUGGAAUACCAGUUCUAUUAUCCAUUAUGGUUUUGUUCAGUUCUUGUAAUUUCUUUUCUCUAUAACUAUAGUCAAUAUUCCUUUAUACUUUGCCAUAUUCAUGGUUUUCUUUUUUUUCUACAUGUAAGGAACAGACAGAACAAUUACACAAGCCUCUUUGAGUACUUUAGUGACAGUUAUGAGUCCUCUCAACCCCGAAGGCAAAAUUUCAUUAAUUACUUAGCUUUUAAACAAUUUUGGUCUUCAUUUCAAAGUAUUUAUGUGUUUCAGGGAGCAUUACGGAAUGAUUUAAAAUCUCCAAAUUGACUAGCUUUGUUUCUUUGUACUCAAUUUUUAUUCUAGACAAUGUUAUUCAUAUGACAAAGAUGUAAUUUCAAUAAUGUGAUACUCUGAGAAGAUUCCAAAUGUCUGCAACUACAACGAGAAAUUAAGCUAAUUAACCCCAGCCACCAAUAUUACUAUAUUGCUCUGCCUUGCUUCCUUAUAUAACUAGAGGAACAUUUAUAAAAUUAUCUCUGUAAAUGUUCUUACACCUUUAUUAUUAAACAACUCUGAGCAACUGACACUGGGAAUAUAUACUAUUAUACUAUUAUUAUACUUUUAUACUAUUAUAUAAUAUUAUAAUAUUAUAGGUUUAAGCUUGUUGGUGUUUUAGUUGUUGUGGUUUUUGUUGCUUUGUUUGUUUGUGUGUUUGGAUGUUUUUUGUUCUGUUUUUUUUGUUUGUUUUUUGUUUUUUUGGAAGGGAGUGAACAACCUAAACAAAAAAGUUCACUAGACAUUAAUGUUUUGUCUGUGUUAACAAAUGACAUAUUUACCACAGUGAUAUUCACAAGCAAAGCUGAAGAGAAUUCUUUUGCAGCUGGAAUAAACUCCUAAGCUGAUCACCACAAAGUCCUAUAUACAAUAAGAAAAUAAACAUGAUGUCAUCAAAA